CGUCCCCUGCGCGCUCACACGGCCAGCUUACUCUCUUCUGGAGUACAUCUUAAUGAAUGAAGAUCGGGAGGAAAGGGUGUUCUGGGGAGAAACUCAGGUGACAUCAUCACAGUCCCUUCUUUUAGUUGUAGAAUUCCAGUACUGUCAGACAAGGAACACAAUUGAUGGGAAUGAAUUUUGGCUUUUAAUUUCCAUUCAUUGGCAGGAAUCAUACCUGUGUUAUGUAUAUCUCAGCUUCUUAGCAAUCAUGAAAUGGUGAUAGUAUUGAUCUUCUCUAUUCACUUAUUGCUUUCUGGUUUUUAUCUAAAGGUAAGGUAUUAUUACAGAAUAAAAGUCUCAUUUCAAGAAACUGAGUGUAUGCUGAGCAUACAUAGGAAUUGCAUGCAUUUUCAUAGAUGCUUUUUCUGAGUAAAUCCUAAAGAUAGUCUUCCAUGCUCAUCUCUCUCCAGGUUCAUUCACCUUUCCUCUGCCCUCAUUCUUCCCAACCCAGUCUAAUAUAGUAAAGAGACCCAGAAUUUAUCAAUAGGAGUCGACUACGUUUGUAUUUCCCCUUGCAAUAACAGAAUUUUUUUUACCUUAUUGAUAAUUUUGAAGUUGAAAUGCUGGCAGUUUUUUGAUUGGCCAAAUAAAAUCAUUUAUUUAAAAUAAAUAUAUGUUGUCUCAAGCACUGAAAUUCUUCAGUUUUUCAAAAUAAAUAUUUUUUCAUCAAAGUCUGCCUUUCUCUAAAAUCUUUACUUUUGACCUCAUUGGGCCAUCCCUUAAAUUUUCUAAUUAGUAUCAUCCGUAAGAUAGUGGAGGGAAGUCUGCAAAUAUUUCUCUCUUUUACACAUUCUUUUCUUGCCUAAUUAAUGAAUAAUUUACAAAAGUGUCCUAAUUCAUCUGUACUAAAAUGAUAGGAAAAGCAUAUUUGUAAACUCCAGACCAUUUUAUGGUUAUUUUCUGAAAGUAAAAUUUAGCAAGGAAUAAGAUAUUAAAAUGAUACUUUAAAGGCUUAAUCUUUAUUACCUAUACAAAUAUAUUGGCAGCAGUCAUUGUGUCCUACUGGAUGGGGAGUCAGGAGACCUGCUCUCACUAGCAAGCAUUGUGAUCUUGGAAGCUUUCAUGAAAAUGGUACAUGUUAGAAGACAUGAAACAAGGAAAUGUUCUAAAACUCAAGUGCCUGAACAAAAAUCUCGAAUUGACUGGCGGCGGACUAAGAGAAGUUUCUCACAGUUAUGUGACGAUGAUGAGGAGUUGGGUAGUGAUGAGGAGUUGGGUAGUAAUGAUGAUCUGGAUAGUGAGGAAAGUAUUGAUAAUAACAAAGAGCUUGAUAGUAGUGAGGAACAUCUUGAUAAUAAAACACAAGCAAAUGAAAGAGAACUUACGUUGACCAAAGUUGAAAGUGAAAGAAGCAACAGUAACCUCAUUUACACCGGCAGUGGCUCAACAUUUGAAGAAGAAACGAACAAAUCAAAACUUACUGACUUACUAGGUCAUGACAAGCCUCUGAGUCAAGAGGAGGAGGAGCUCCACAAGCACAGUGAACAGAUCUUAGAAGAGGAUUUAGAUGAAGAAUGCGUCAAACGAGGAAAGAGAAAACGGAUCGCCUCUACGAUGUAUGACAGCGAUGAAAGUGAGGACAGUGAAGUCGUAGUUAGAAAAGUAGGCCUCAAAUGUCCACGUCGAGUGGUGGAGGAUGACUGCUCCUCAGUGGAAAUGGAGCCAGAAAACCCUGAAAAAUCAUUAGCUGCCCGAAAGCGAGGACAACUUCAGAAGUUGAAAGAACUCGCAAAACAAAGGUCUCACCAGAGAUACAGUAGUGGUAGAGAUUUUGAGGACUCUGAAAAAGAAUCUUGCCCAAGUGAUAAUGAGGAUGAUGAGGAAGAGGAUGAAAAGGAAGACAAUUCUGAAUAUGAAGAAGGAGAUGAUUAUAUUAUUGAUGAUUUCGUAGUACAGGAUGAAGAGGGUGACAGAGAGUAUAAAAAUGAACAAGGAGAAAAAUCAACUAUAUCACCACUGAAAUUAGUAAAACAGGAUUCUCUUUAUUCUUUCAGUGAUCACUAUACUCACUUUAAAAGAGUUGUGAAGGCUCUUCUGAUCAACGCUUUAGAUGAAUCUUUUCUGGGAACAUUGUAUGAUGGUACCAGGCAAAAAUCAUAUGCGCAAGAAAUGCUGACAUCUCUUCACUAUUUGGAUGAUCGCUUUAUUCAGCCUCGUCUAGAGAACUUAGUUUCUAGAAGUCGAUGGAAAGAACAAUACAAGGAGCGAGUUGAAAGUUAUUCUUCUGUAAAUAUCCGUCAUAAGAAGGCUGAGAACUGUACCUGUCAGGCGUGUGGGCUACAUCGUCACUGCAGGUACUCCGUGCACUUGUCAGGAAAGCAGUACAACCCCAGGACUAUGGAGACAGACGAUUUCAUGUCACAUGAUCAGCAGGUAUUUACUGUUGGCAGAAUUUGUGCCAACCGCACCGACAUUUAUCAUAAACUGAAACAUUUUAAAUUCAAGCUGUACCAAGAAUGUUGCUUCCUGGCAAAUACAGAAGAAGUUGAGGAUGAACAGGUUAAAGAAACCGUGGAAAGAAUUUUCAGUCAGUCAGAAGAAAGUGGCUGGAUUAAAGAGAAAUAUGGUCAACUUCAGAACUAUCUCGAUUUUGCGGAUAACUUUCAAGAUGAGAAGUUUGAGUUGUAGCCCAUUUCCUUUGAAGAAGAUUUUAUACUUUCCUGUAAAUAUGAAGAUCAUGGGUGUUGUUUCUCUGUAUCAUGUGACAUUUAUAUAUUUUAUGUGUAUCUUCAUGGCAAAAUAUUUGCUCAUGUAAAGUCCAAGAGAGAUGGCCACUCUCCAGUCUAAUAAAACUUAUCUGCUGUACAUGAAAAGUU